AAGAUACGACAGUGGCGACGAAGAUGGGAUGUUCUCGGGCGUCGGUAUUCUAGGAGCUGAAGCGCCUGGGCGGAUUACCACGACAUGGCUUCCUUUGGGCGGUUUGAGCCGUUCACGGAGGAGGGAGACGAAGACUUCGACUCUUAUGCGGAACGCUUUGAACAUUACGUCCGAGCUACCCAGGUCAGUGAAGACUUGAAGGUAUCAGUAUUUGUCACCGCCAUUGGAAAACAGGCCUACCGCACGCUGAAAAAUUUAUUGGCCCCGACCAAGCCGGAAGAGAAAACGUAUGCCGAACUGCUCGAGAUACUGAAAGGCUACUAUUCUCCGAAGCCUUUGGUGAUAGCGGAAAGAUUCCGGUUCAACCGUCGGUCGCAGCUGGAAAAUGAGCCAGUGGCCGCGUUUGCAUUGGAACUAAAAAGGCUGGCUGGAUCCUGUGAGUUCGGGCAAUUCUUGGAUGACGCCUUACGGGAUCGAUUCGUGGCCGGACUGAGAGAUGAAACGGCACAAGCAGAGCUGCUUAAGAAGAGUACCCUGACGUUUCAAACUGCCUACGACUUGGCGAAAAGUGGGGAACUUGCUCGCACAGAAACAAGAAAAAUUCACCCAAAAGAACUCGGCGACGUGAACCUGGUACAGCAACACCCACAGCGGACCACUGGGACAAGAAAGGUCGCGAGCAAAAACGCGGAGCGGCAUGCCGAGACAACGGACUGUUCCCGGUGCGGGGCAACGCAUGACGCCGCCACCUGCCCCUUUCGCAAAUUUCGAUGUCGGCGCUGCAAAAAGAUGGGACACCUGGCAAGGGUCUGCAGAACAACGCCACGUUCGGUGCACUCUCUUGAAGAGAGCACUGGCUUAGAAGACUCCGGUGACUGGGACGAUAAAAGUGGUGAGAACUAUGCCUUGCUUAGUCAUAUUUUUUCAUGUCGGAGUAGUUACGGUGGCUACGUUGUGAAAGUUAAGAUAGCUGGCAGAAUUGUCACUAUGCAGGUUGAUACCGGGGCAUCUGUGUCUAUUGUGCCGGAAAAAAUGUACAGACGGUACUGGCCGGAGGUACCCCUAGAAAGAUGUACUUUACUGUUAAAAACUUAUGGGGGUUCGGCACUAAAAAUUGCCAGAAAGUUGACGGUGCGUGUAGAGCACGAUGGGCAAACCGCGACCUUGCCGUUAAUUGUAGUUCGAACAGAAAAAAAUUGUGACACUUUGUUGUUGGGCCGCAACUGGCUAGAGGCUUUGAAGCUGAAUUGGUCUAGCGUGUGUAAUAUCAACUUUGGGAGAUCAAACACAGUUGAUAGAUCAACCGCACUCAUCAAAAAGUUUUCGGAAUUGUUUAAUCCGUCACUAGGACUGAUAGCUGACACGUCGGUCAAACUGGUGCUAAAAGACAACUCAGCCAAGGACACGGUUCACGACAAUCGUACGGACUCGGUGGCGCGCCGUUCAGCAGCACUCGGACAGGUGUACAUGAAAUCAAGACCGGCAGCUUUUAUACUGUCGGCUGUGGCACCGAGAAAUAGUGGGAACAUCACAGCGUAG